GUUAUCGUGUGUGCGUAAACAUUACGGCGGUGGACGUGCAAAAGUGAUGUUGUGAUGUGUGCGAAGUUUUAUGCCGAAUUUUCUUAACUGCGUCGAAUCGAAAUUUCCAAUUGAAUAAUUUUUUGAGCUUGUUAACGUGAGUGGAUGCCUAUUAGGGUUGAAAUUAAGUUAAGUUCAAGAAGCGUAUUGAGAUAAUAUAGUAUACGUGCGGUGCGUGGUGCGUUGCUAUAAGUGGUGGUGCAUUUUGUUUAUUUAUAGACCGUCGCAAUUUGUAGACAUGUAAUUAUUUUGGUUGCGCUAAAAUGUCUCAAAGGGAUACAGCAAUACAUCUUCUGGCCGGAGGGCAACCUCUGGGUAGUAGACAAAAAGAAAAGUUAAAAAUGCCAUAGUGGCCGGAACAGCGGGAGCGGUGGUGACAUGCCCACUAGAGGUGGUCAAGACCAGGCUACAGUCGUCCAAGGGUGUCGGGGUGCCGCCGACGCAGCCCCCGCCCUCCGACAGCGAUGCGACAAAGGCGAAGAGAGGCUGCUCUAAGAUUCCUAAGCAUCAGGAGGCUAAAUGGGGCUACCGACGUACGAUGGGCGCGAUGUUCGCGUACAGCCAACAGCCCGAUCGCAUGCUGAUGUCGUACAAUUGCCAGGUGCAGCCGUGCGCGCGCGCCGGCACCGCCCGACCUGUCUCGAGGAUGAGCCUUAUACAGUGCAUCAGACACAUUGUCCAAACUGAGGGCCCAAAGGCGUUGUUCAAGGGCUUAGGGCCGAACAUUGUGGGCGUGGCGCCGUCCAGGGCUAUAUACUUCUGCACAUAUUCACAAGCCAAGGCUAUAUUAAACCAGAACAUAGCCCCCGACACCCCCAUAGUGCAUCUAUCGGCCGCUAGCGCUGCAGGUUUCGUGUCUUGCACAAUGACCAAUCCGAUAUGGUUCGUGAAAACGAGGCUGCAACUGGACGGACAGAACGUGACUGCUGUACAAUGUAUAAAAAGGAUAUAUGCUAAAUCGGGUAUCAAAGGCUUCUACAAAGGCAUAACGGCAUCGUACAUGGGCAUAAGCGAGACCGUAGUCCACUUCGUACUAUACGAGGGUGUGAAGGCGCGGUUAAUGGCGGCCCGAGCACAAGACGGUGUACCGAGCGACGCUCGGACCCCGCGAGACUUCUUAGAAUUCAUGGCAGCCGGUGCCUUCUCCAAGACAGUCGCUUCUUGCAUCGCGUAUCCACAUGAGGUGGCGCGGACACGACUAAGGGAGGAAGGCGACAAGUACCGCAAGUUUUGGCAAACGCUGCACACCGUUUUGAUGGAAGAAGGCUACCGUGGGGUCUACAGGGGUCUCGGCACACAACUCGUCCGCCAGAUCCCCAACACAGCGAUCAUGAUGUCCACCUACGAAGCCGUGGUGUACUUGCUCACGACCCAUUUCAACAGUUCCUUCUACGAGAACACUUAGCUCAACCCGUCCGAGAAUCACGUGUCGACAUUAGUCUAGGAUGCUCAGGAGUUAAAACAUGGAAUCAAAGGCUGGUUUUAAUAAAGGAUUUUUAGUAGAUUGCCAGUACCGAAAACUACUUUAGUACCGACUUUAAUAAGUUGCCCCACCAGACUCCCGUUUUCAUCUAAUUAAAUUAGAAUGAACUGUUUCUUGCUUAUAACUGAAUUAGUGUGUUUAGUGGCUAGACCUGAGUGUGAUUCCCUAACUUUGCUGAUAUCUAGAAACUAGAAAAUCGAUUAAUCUUUGAUCGAUAUUUCUAGGGUUUACCCCCUUAUUCAUAAACGUCUACUAAAGUUGAAAACCUGUAAUAAUCGUUUGUCCCUUUCCAUCAUACCAAUACGUCGGAAAGGGACAAACGAUUAUUAGCGGCUUGUCAACUUUAGUAGACGUUUAUGAAUAAGGAGGUUAGAAGUUAGGGAUCACAGUUCAGUGACAGCUACUGAUACAACAUUCUAAGUCUUUAUAAGAACCUCGCGUUUACUACAGGUAUAGACAGAAGAUGAUGUCCUACAGUUCUGUAUAAAUGUAGGAAUUUUAUAUAACAUCAAAAUGUUCAAUUGAUUCCUGUGUAGGCCUAAGUAGACCUUAUGUAUAGAAAGCACAUCUUAUUCCUUAUAGAGCUGUUAUAAGGCUUAGAAGUAUUACCAGAGCUACGUAAUUAGGGAUCUUAAGUAAUUUGUGUUAUUAGAAUCGGCUUCACAGUUUGCCCGUGAUACCAAUAUUGAAUUGUUCAGAAACUGGAAAAAUUAAACAUGUAAAUAUAUUGAUAAUAUUUAAUAGGUUCCGAUUGCAAUGUAACAUAAAAGAUAUGGUACUGAUAAAUUAAUGAAUGGUUGUGUUAUAAAGAAAAGUUAUAACUAUGGUAAUUGGUAUCAUGCCAUAAAAUAAUGCAUAAAUAUAUUAUAAUUAUGCAUUAUAUGCAACAGUGAGUGAACACAUAAAGGGAAGAUUGACUUUUCCUCGAUUUUGUUUCCAAAAGAAUAAUUAUAGUCAGUAGUCUAGUCUUGUGCUUUUUUGCUGUGCCUUGAUUUAGCCAAAUUUGAUAUAAAUAUUAAUUUAGUAUGUAGUACGCAAAACACCGUUUUAGUGCCAAAACAGGUUCAUUCCUUGUGUCUAACCACUUUUGGUUGCUUUUCAUGUUGUGUAUUUUUAUAAAAAAAUCUUAACUAUAAAAAAAUCCUAGUUGGAUCUUUAUGAAUGAUGCCAGUUUUUAUAAAUUUUAGUUAUAUGAAACAUUAUCUCAGUUAAAAAAAAGCUUCUUAAUUCGGUACAUAUAUUCAGACUAAAAUGUAUGUUAGUCAUUUUAAACAUACAUCAAUACAAAGUUGUGUAUUUUAUCAUAGUACUAUUGCGAUAUAUUGUUUUUAUAGUAAUGUGUCACUAAGAUUAAAGCUAUAAAGGUUGAAUUAGAAUCUGAUAUUUUAUAAUGGGUGUCUAAAAAUAUUUCAUAACAUAAUCAAGGCCAUUACUUGUUGUUCAAGAAAAUAUAAUUCUUCAUGUGUACUAAUCAAAAUUAUAUGUUUUGCAGUUCUCUUUAGGACAAAUAUAGUAAGUUGUAAGCUGUGAUAUAGGGCUUGUAAAUAUUAAUGCACAAGAUUGUAGAUUCUAUAUUCUCAAAAGUAAGCACAUCAUUUGAGAAAUGUUUUUAUUGUUAAGUUUAAUUAUAUAUAGUUUUUCAUAUUCAGUCUACGGCACAAGAUUGUGUUACUUGUACCAUUCAGGUCAGCUUUACUAUUGUUAAAAAAUCAUGGUAUUUGAAAUGUAAAGCUACCUUAUAAAUAGUAAAGAUGGGCAAGCAGUAUGAUUGUUAAAUAUAAUAUUUUUAGAGGAAACAUUUGGACUUAAUGGACUGAGUAUAAAAUAUUAGUAAUUUUGUUUAAUGAAUAAAUGAUAAAAUGAAAACAA